AUGAUACGUGGGCAUGAUACGUGGGCAAUGUAAUACUACAUGUAGUUUACGUUGAUACAAGUGGGAUGUAUUAUAAAUGUGGAUAUAGAUAGUAGGUGAACUCAUGGUUUAAUCAAUAAUGGAAACUCAUAUUGCCAUUUUCCCGAGUCCAGGAAUGGGUCACCUCAUUCCACUCACUGAGUUAGCUCACCGGCUUCUCCUCCAUCGCCGUCUCUUCAUCACCUUCAUUAUCCCCACCGCCACCGGUUCUCCGGUCAAACCCCAAAAUGACAUCCUCAACGCCAUGCCGGAAAACAUUUCAUCCAUUUUCCUCCCUCCUGUAGACCUAAAUGACAUUCCAGAAGAUGCUGCCUUAGAAACUCGGAUAAUACUCACUUUAACUCGGUCAUUACCCGCUCUACGCCAGACCUUAACCGAGUUAACCGGUGAGUCGAUAAGAAAAAGACCCUCGGCUUUGGUUGUUGACCUUUUUGGCCCUCCUAGUUUUGAAAUUGCCAAAGAAUUAAAUAUUCCAGCCUACUUGUUCUGUACUGUUUCUGCUAUGUCAUUGGUUAGUAUCUUCCACAUACCGAUUUUUGAUCAGAUGUAUGAUUGUGAGUAUAAGGACUUACCUGAACCGGUGAGAUUACCCGGGUGUGUUCCGGUUCACGGAGCCAAUAUGCCUGAACCGCUUCAAGAUAAGAAGAAUGAUGCAUAUGUUGGAGUGGUUGAGUCAUCCAAAAUGUUUAGCUUGGCAAAGGGUGUAUUAGUCAACAGCUUUCUAGAGUUAGAACCGGGUCCGUUUAAGGCCAUGGAAGAAGGUGACUGGUGUAAACCGAAAAUUUACCCGGUUGGACCGUUGAUACGGUCUGGUUCAGAGAACCAGACCGGUGAAGGGUUUGAAUGUUUGAAGUGGUUGGAUGAGCAUCCGGUUGGGUCGGUUUUGUUUGUGUCAUUUGGAAGUGGUGGUACACUGUCUCAACAACAACUAGAUGAACUCGCCUUUGGGUUGGAACAAAGCGGUCAAAGAUUUAUAUGGGUAGUAAAAAGUCCACAUGGACAUGGAAAAUCACAUACAAGUUAUUUCAGUGUGGAAAGCCAUCUUGACCCUUUUGGGUUUUUACCGGAAGGGUUUCUUGGGCGGGUGGAAGGCCGCGGUCUGGUUGUGUCGUCUUGGGCCCCUCAAGUUGAGAUCCUUAGUCAUGGCUCAACAGGUGGGUUCUUGACACACUGUGGGUGGAACUCGAUACUUGAGAGUGUGGUUUGUGGAGUGCCUAUGAUUGCGUGGCCACUUUAUGCGGAGCAGAAAAUGAACGCGGUUUUACUGACAAAUGGUUUGGGUGUUGCUCAUAGGGUGGAAGUUGACGAGAAUGGAGUGGUGGGAAGAGAUGAGAUCGACAAGUGUGUUAGAAGUUUGAUCGAAGGUGAAGAUGGACGUAAGUCGAGGCUGAAAAUAAGUGAGCUCAAAGCUCUUGCUGCAGAGGCAUUGAGCCCAGAUGGUUCAUCGACUAGUUCGCUUUUAGACGUGGCACAAAUAUGGUGUAACUAAUAUUAUUGGUGUUUUAUUUUCGUGUACUUAUGUCAUUAAAAUAACUAUUGAUUAUCAGUAAUAAAAAGUCUUUAAGUUUGAUAA